AUGUCAAAAGGCGAUGCUGUUGCAAUGGAUGAGGUGGUGCUUGAAAUAGAAACAGACAAGACCGCACUACCAGUAAUGGCACCUGGCCACGGAAAAAUUAUCAAGAUGCUUGUAAAGGAAGGGGAGUCGGUUAAAUCACAACAGCCGCUGUUUCAGCUCGCAGCCCAAAAACUAGCAGACCCAACGAAAACUAUAUCAGGUUCGCGAACAGAGUUCUCGAUCGGAAUGAACAGGAUGCGCAAGCGCAUUGCAGAGAGGCUGAAGGAGGCGCAGAACACCACAGCGAUGUUGACGACGUAUAAUGAGUGUGAUAUGAGCCGUCUCAUGGAGUUUCGGAAGUCAAAUUUGGAGGCCUUCACGAAGAAGUUCGGCGUGAAACUGUCCUUCAUGUCGCCGUUUCUCAAGGCCGCCGCCAACGCUUUAGAAGACCAACCAGUGGUCAACGCAGUGAUUGUGGAUGACAAAAUUGUAUACAGGGACUACGUAGAUAUUUCAGUGGCGAUUGCUACACCGAAAGGACUUGUAGUGCCGGUAAUGAGAAACGUUGAAUCUAUGGAUUAUUCACGUAUAGAGCUUACCUUGAACGCCUUAGCUGAGAGGGCUCGAAAUGGUAAACUUAAAACGAGCGAUAUGCAAGGCGGUACUUUCACCAUCAGUAACGGCGGCGUUUUUGGCUCGUUGCUAUCAAUGCCGAUCAUCAAUCUGCCACAGUCCGCCAUUUUAGGAAUGCACGCUAUUGUGCAAAGGCCUGUCGCUAUUAAUGGAGAAGUAAAAAUAAGACCGAUGAUGUAUUUGGCCUUAACCUAUGAUCACAGAUUGAUUGACGGCCGUGAAGCAGUAUUGUUCCUGCGCAAAAUCAAGUCCGGCGUUGAAGACCCCACAUCAAUUCUUGCCGGAAUUUAA